AUGGUCACAGAUGACUUUUUUGCAGAAUGCAACUUAUGGGCAGAGCAUCCGUGUUUCGUUGGCACAAAAAAGUUUAAGGGCGGCAGAGAGUCUGUGAGAGACGAUGAGAGGUGCGGUAAGGGGAGGGAAGUCAGAACACCAGAGCUGGUGGGGAAAAUUCGUACUUUUGUGGAUGAGGACCGUCGAGUAUCAAUAGAGACAAUAAGUGAACAGUUUGAGGUCAGUGUGGGAACUGUGCACAAUAUUGUUCAUGAUGAACUGAACAUGCGAAAGAUUUGCGCAAAGUUUGUCCCAAGGGUACUCAGUGAUGAACAGAAGGAAAGGCAUGUUAGUGACAGCAGGGAGAUGGUUGAGCUUAUCAAUUCAGAUCCAAGAGUACUCAUGGUUCUGGUGACCUGUGAUGAAAGCUGGAUCUACUGCUAUGAACUGAAAACCAAGAGUCAGAGUUUCCAGUGGAAGCAUCUGGGCACCCCCAGACCCAAGGCCAGACAGAGCAAGGUCACCCUAAAACGCAUGAUGAUCCCCUUUUUCGACAACAAGAGCAUGAUCUACAUCCUCUGGGUUCCCUCUGGACAGACAGUCAACAAAGAGUACUAUGUGGAGGUCUUGAGGGAGUUCCGAAAGAGAUUUCGUUGCAAAAGCCAGCACUGUUCAAAUCGGGUCGGUGGCAUUUCCACCAGGAAAUGCACCCGUCCACAGCUCUAUCCAUGUUUCCAACUAUUUGACGAGAUGGGCAUCAAGACAGUUCAUCACCCUCCCUACAGUCCAGACCUUGCCCCCUGUGACUUUUGGUUGUUCUCCAAGCUCAAGGAUAACCUCAGCGGCAGUCGUUUUGAAACCAUUGAGGAGAUGAAAGAGGUUGUGACGCGGGUCACGGACACAUUCACACCGGAGGACUUCCAGGGGGCCUUCCAGAAGUUAUUAGAAUAA